AUGGACGACAUUAUGACCGAAUUCGAUCGUGAACUUGAUGCAGCUUCUGUCCAUGUUGGCAAACAAGUUAUUGACAAAUUGACUGGUGCUCUCUAUUUGGGCGAAUUAAUUCGAAGGAUUCUGCUUAAACUUACUAAAGACAAAAUUCUUUUUGUGGUGAAAAAGUUGAAGCUUUGGAGAAAUGAACCUGGAGAAAUGCGUAAAAAUUGCCGUAAAAUUUGUGAUGAAAUGGAAGUUCAGAAUCACGGUAGUAUUGACUAUUUUAUUAUGCAAGAAGUUUGUAUUGCCGCGUCUGAACGUUCUGCUGGCGUUGUUGCUGCAGCCAUUUCUGCAUUACUUCGACAUAUUGGACGCAGGAAGAUUAAAAUUGGUCUUGGUGGUGCAAUUAUUCAAUUCCACCCGCAAUAUCAAGAGAUGUUGGAAAAUUAUUUGAAGUCUAUGGCACCGAUUAAUAUUGACGUUUGUUUUCUUUUUUUUCUUGUAAAUUUUGGGAAAGGGGUUAUUGGGUCUUUUUCACGAGUCGCUAAUAGAUCCGAAAGCCCCGGAUUUUCGACCCGAAACACUUUCAGAGAAAAUUUUUUUCGGCAAAUCUAUAUCGCCUCCUUUCCUCAAUUUCGUGACACUACGGGUAUCUUGUAUUGUUUCACCGGAACCUAA